AUGAACAAUGAAUGGAGAUCAAGCUUGAAUGAAAUUAACAGUAUGGCGUGGACCGGGAUUGACGUAUUCCCUGAUAAAGCCAAGAAACUUGAUUCUAGUAUUAAGAGGAAUACGGGUUUCAUUAAGAAGUUGAAGCAGGGUAUUGCAAAGGAAUCGAAGACAGGUUUACUCAACGAUAUCAGAGAGGUAUCUUUGGAGAAGUACCUAUCAGAAAUCAUAACAACUACAAAUGAAGCAUUAUUUAAGAAUAGUGGUAAGGGUGAUGAUAUUGUUGCAGUGGUGGAGAUAGUAAGUGGGUUGCACCAGCGGUUCAAUAUGGAUUUUACGUUACCCUUGAUAGAAUCGUUCCUUUUCAUAUUUGAGACGUCUUCUGAUGAGGCCGAAACUGAAAAGGAUAAAACCACCAGAACCAAUGUUUUGAAAGCUUGCACUCGUGUACUUAUUGAAUUACAUUUGACUGGGGUGCUGCCGAGUUUAGAUGAUCUUAACAAGAGUAAAUUGCCUCCUUUUGUUGUAAAAAGAUACUCCAAAAAGGAACCAAUCGUGUUUAUAGUAUUAAGAGAGGUGUUAAAUUAUAAGUUCAAGGAGGCUUUAACAACACCAGUAGCAAUUUUGAUCUUAAAGAAGUAUCCUGAAUUACUCUCUGAAGAAGUAUCUGAUAUGGACAAUUUAAUCAACAGCGAGGAGUUGAAAACUCUUUUGAGAUCGUUAUUCAAAAUCUACAAAGAUAUUGUGUUCCAACAGACGGUGGAAUUGAAUAAGAAAACCAUUAAGCUUAUGAAGGAACAUCAUAAAGCACAAAUACGAACUGGUAAGGAAUCCAGUGAAUAUCUUGAUGAUUUUAAUGAGCUUAAUCCAAUUUUUGAAAAGUUCUCUACGGUUGCAACGGCGCUAGCGGAAGCCUUUAACGUGGAUCCACCAGAACUUUUAGAUAUAGAACAAAGUUUAAAAGAGCAGGAGCCAUCCAUAAUUACGCCUGCAUCUGACUGGAAGGAGAAGCAAGAGCCAAUUUGGGAGAACGAAGAAAACAGGAGGUUUUAUGAGAAUCUGGCUGAUUUAAGUGCCGCCUAUGCUACUUAUGACCCAGAAAAAACACCAAGUCCAGAAGACGUUAUAGCAUUAUUUGCUGAUUUUGAGACAGUAGAGACUAAAGAUGAAAUAGAUGAAAUUUCACGUCGUUACUGGUUGCAAAAUCUUGAUAACAAAGCGACAAGAAAGAGACUCAUGAAGUUUUUCGUGGAAUGUAAAGACUGGAGUAAAAUCUCUUUAUAUGCAAGGUUCAUGGCAAACAACGAGAAUUAUCUUUCUGAAGUUAAAGAAGAACUAAUUCAAUACCUUGACUCAGGUUUCAGAUCGCAGUUGCAUUCUAAUAAAAUCAAUAUUAAGAAUAUCAUUUUUUUCGCGGAGAUGGUUAAAUUUAUGUUAAUACCAUCAUUCAUGAUUUUCCAUAAAAUUAGGACAUUGGCGAUGAAUAUUACAGUUCCAAAUAAUAUCGAAAUCUUGUCGACCUUGUUUGAAAGUUUCGGCAAGUUCUUGAUCAAUACGCCAGAAUUCAAGCCCCAAAUGGAGAAGAUGAUGGUAUUAAUCAAAGAAAAGAAGAAGGACCAUUUAUUAACCGUUAACAAUAAAGCUGCAUUGGACAAUCUGAUUAUAUUGAUAUACCCGCCUCAGCUCAACGUACUCAACCAGGAAAAAAGAGAUCUUUCACCUGAACAACUUUUCUUUAUUACUUUGAUCCGUCGGGAAUUAGAUAAUGUUUCACUCAAUUCGGCCCUAAAACUAAUUCUAAAAGCUUCGUGGAAUGACCCAAAUGUGGAGAAAACAUUACUAUCACUGUUCAGCAAACCUGAAAAAGUAAGCUAUCAAUCUCUACCGAAACUUGCUAAUAUUUUAACGUAUUUGUUCAAGCACUACAAGAGCUUUACGAUCAAAACAGUAGAUACUUUGCUUGAGAAGAUUCAGGUAGGGCUUGAAUCGGGAGAAUAUAGUCUAAACAUGGCCAGAGUCUCACAAGUAAAGUACCUAACAGAGCUAUACAAUACUUCAUUCCUUAAGUUUGAAGUCCUUUUGGAUACGAUGUAUCGAAUUCUCCGUUUCGGUUAUCCUAGUGGGCAGCCUAAUCCUUUCUUCAUCAAUGAAGGAGACUUACCUGACAACUACUUCAGAAUAUCAUUGAUUUCAACAAUCUUAUUGGGCAUAAACCGUAAGUCUGAAUUUGCAUUGAAGAAACUAAAGAUAUUCAUUCAAUUUUUCGAGUAUUACAUCUUCUGUAAGGAUCAGCCUUUACCGAAUGAAGUUUCAUUCAAAGUUGAAAAUGUCUUUGCGUUAUACCCUGACCACUCGAGGUCAUCGGAUUGGUCUCAGUGCUAUGAAAAACUUAUCUUGCUUUUGAAGGAGCUGGGGGUGACUUCUGCCGAAGCCAUGACUAGUACUGGUAGAGGCGAGAAUGAAGAUGUAGAUGAUGAUGAUGAAGACGAUGAUGAUGAUGAAGACGAUGAUGAUGAUGAUGAGAAUGAUGAUGAGAAUGAUGAUGAAGAUGAGGACGAGGAAGAAGUUGAUACAGCACAUGGAACUAUACGAGUCCUUGACAACAUUGAAAUUGAUUUGGGACUAAACGAAGCUCAACUAGAACUCAGUGAUAUAUCUUCCUUAUCUGAUGGCUCAGCUACUGAUGAUAGUUCUGAUUCGGAUAAUGGCGAUGAACAGGAUAUGAAUGAUUCAUUAGAGAGUAGUGCAGAAGAAGUCAGUGACGACGACGAGGAUGAAGAAAAUGAUGAUGAAGACGAUGAAGAAGAUGAGGACGACGAAGACGAUCAAGACGAUGAGGACGAUGAGGACGAUGAAGAGGAAGAUGAAGAGGAGGAUAACGAUGACGAUGACGACGACUAUCUGAUAGACAGAGAAAAGGAAAAGAAGAGAAUCAUGGAGGAGUUUGAGAAAAAGCUUGCUGAUGAUUCUGAACGUAAGGCUCAGGCAGAUUUUGAUAGACAAUUCCAGUUGAUGAUGGACGAGUCUCUGGGCAGCAUAAAAAAUGAAACUGUUCAGUCCGUCAGUAUGCCAAUGCAUUUCUCAUCACAAGCACCAAAAUCGGACAUUCCGUCAGAAACGCCAAAGGGUGGUAAGAUUCCAUUCAUGUUCCUAAGUAGAUCCGGUAAGAAGACGCAAGCACAUUCAAUCAAUGUUCCAUCUGAAACAAAAUUCGUGUCGGAAAUAUUGGAGGAAGAACAGCGCGUGAAAGAAGAGCGUCAAAAGAUUAAGAGCAUUGUUAUGAAUCGUAACUUUGAUUAA